AAUUGGUAAACUAACGUAUUUGGUGCAAUCACUAAGUCAUUUGUAAUACUUAAGCAUAGAUAUUAGUAACCUUGAAUAAACAAUCAAGCCACAAAAUGUAAAAUAAACCAAUAAUUAUAUCAAAACUGUUAAAUAUUUAUAUUUUAGAGAAGAUUUUACAGUAUAAAUUUAAAAAUCAUAUUUACUUUACUGUCUUUCCAUUAUGCAAUACUUGAUGAAGACAGUCUGCCUUUGUUUACUAGUAUCUUCUGUUUUCACUCAAGAUCUCGAUCAGCUGUACAGCUAUGUGAGUGCAAAAAUAGCGGAAACAAAUACGUAUCAGGCACCAGUAAAUAAUGAAAGGUUAUUUAAAACGGAUAAUUCUACUAUAUACGAUUUUGGAAGAUACGAUUUCAUAAUUGUUGGUGCUGGAGCUGCUGGUUGUGUUUUAGCCAGGAGACUUACGGAAGUUAGCAAAUGGAACGUUUUACUUCUAGAAGCCGGUGGAGAAACAAAUGCAUUCAGUGAUAUACCAAGAUUCAGCAAUGCUUUGAAACAGACCGAUAUGAACUGGGGCUACUUAACCACCCCCCAAAAAACUUGCUGUCAAGGUAUGAACAACAACCAAUGUGUCUAUCCCAGAGGAAAGGUAAUAGGAGGUUCUACGACAAUCAAUGGUGCAAUUUACGCCAGAGGCAGUCCAUCAGAUUACAACCAUUGGGCAGAUAUGGGAAAUUGGGGAUGGUCUUACAACCAAAUUCUUUACUACUUUAAAAAGUCUGAACAUGUCGCCCUUAAAUCAUAUGACGUUGGUUAUCAUGGAACAAAUGGAGUACUUUAUGUUAAUCAAACAGCACCUCCUUCAAUUGUUGCAAAAUAUUACAUAGAUGCCAACAAAGAGAAACAUCUAAAAGAAAUUGACUACAAUGGAAGAAGACAAAUCGGAGUGUCAAGGAUUCAAUUUAAUCAAAAAGAUUAUAAACACCAGAAUGCUGAGCAUGCGUUUUUGGAUGAUAUAAAGUCUCGAUCUAAUUUAAAAAUUGUUCUUAAUGCAGGAGUAAACAAAAUUCUUUUAGAAAAUAAAAAGGCAACAGGAGUAACGUUUGUGUUAAAUGGAACAACAUAUAAAGCCACAGCAAACAAGGAAGUAAUUUUAUCAGCAGGAGCAAUAAACUCACCCCAACUCUUACUUUUAUCUGGAGUUGGACCUAAAAGUGAUUUAGAAAAACUUAACAUUUCUGUUCUAAACGACCUACCGGCUGUUGGAAGAAAUAUGCAAGACCAUCCUUUGUUUGGUAAUCUGUAUUUUAGGACCAACCUAUCAGCUCCAGUUCUAUCUCUUAAAGAAAAUUUGGCUCUUUAUUUGGAAGGAAAAACACCCUUUACCAACGGCAAUGGUAUCGAAAAUCUUGCUUUUAUUAAUGCCGACCAUAUAACUACCGGAAAAGUUGAUAUUGAGUAUUUAACUUUCGCUCCUCCUCUAGGUGUACCGCCCAAGAAUUUGAUGAAUUUUCAAGAUGAUGUUGCCAAAGUAUAUAGUAAUUACAAUGCUUCGACUGACCUAGGAGUGUCGAUGUCCUUAAUGAAACCUUUGUCUAAAGGGAAAGUGACUUUGAAAUCAAACAACAUUAUCGAUUUUCCUCUUAUCGAUAUAAAUUACUUUUCUGAUAAAAACGGUAAAGAUCUAGAGAGAAUGUAUAAAGGAAUCAAAUAUCUUUUAAGCCUUGCCGACACCAAAGCAUUUAAAAGUAUUAAUGCUACUUUUAUUAGCAAGCAACCUCAGUGUGAACAACUUAAAAAUAACGAUAGAGAAUAUUGGUAUUGCGCAUUGAGGAGUAUGGCCGUUACAGAGUUCCAUCCUGUAGGAACGACAAGGAUGGGUAUUUCUAAGAGAAAUUCUGUAGUAAAUACAAACUGUAUUGUGCAUGAGUAUACAAACUUUAGGGUAGUAGAUGCAGGAGUUAUUCCUGAAAUAACAAGCGGGCAUAUGAUGGCUCCUGUUUAUAUGAUUGCUGAAAGAAUUUCAGAUGAAAUUAAAAACGCACAUAGAUGGCUUGGAUAAAAUUAUUAAAAGUAAUAUUACCAGUAAUGUAAAAAAUUUAAAUAUAAUUUAAAAUAAAACUAUAGGUGCAUC